AGAAUUUGAAAAUAAUAUUUGCAUGUUGGUAGAAUGUUCAUAUAAAGGAAGUACAUCUGGACAAAACAGGGCAGUCUGCAAAAAUUCCUUGCAUUAUUCUCAAUAUUUUCAGACCCACCCCGUCUACCACUCAUGCUGCUAAAAUACAGCCAUAACGUUUGUACUACAAAUAUUGCUGUAGAGAAUGAGUAAGGGAGAAAGGCUAUCUUAUACUUUCUAUUUGCAGAGAUGCAGGGGCACAGAAGAAACCGUAGCAGAGAAGAGUAUUCUGGAUGUGAGUAUGGAUAACACUGAAUCCAAGUUGUCAACUUGCCCACUGGUGAAUGGUGAGGUUCACACUGUAGUCAAACCUGAGAGACCAAGAGUGAUAUCAAAAACUGGACACAGCAAUGUGAAGAUUGACAAAGUGGAUGGUGUCUUUCUGCUUUAUCUUCAAGACUUAUGGACAACUGUGAUUGAUAUGAAAUGGAGGUAUAAGCUCACCUUAUUUGCUGCCAGUUUCUUCCUGACUUGGUCCUUUUUUGGUGCCAUCUAUUUUCUCAUUGCAUUUGUUCACGGAGAUGUUCACAAUGAACUCUUGACCAACCACACACCAUGUGUUAUGAAUGUAGAUUCAUUCACAGGAGCUUUUCUGUUCUCCCUUGAGUCUCAGACAACAAUUGGUUACGGGUUCCGUUUCAUUACUGAAGAAUGCCCCCAUGCUAUCUUCCUUCUGGUUGUACAACUAGUCGUUACAACUUUAAUUGAAAUCUUCAUUACUGGGACAUUCCUAGCCAAGAUUGCAAGACCAAAAAAACGUGCUGAGACUAUUAAAUUCAGCAAUCAGGCGGUAGUGACAAAGCAUAAUGGUAAGGUUUGUUUAGUUGUACAAGUGGCAAAUAUGAGAAAAAGCCUCUUGAUACAAUGCCAACUUUAUGGGAAACUUCUUUCUACGUACGAGACAAAAGAAGGAGAGAAGAUUUUGCUCAAGCAGUCCAAUAUGAAUUUUCAUGUGGACUCUUCUUCUGAAAGCCCUUUCUUGAUUGUACCACUGACCUUUUACCAUGUACUUGAUGAGAAAAGUCCUCUUAAAGAUCUGACAGCAGAAAACAUAAAGACUAAAGAGUUUGAACUGGUUGUUCUCUUAAAUGCCACAGUUGAAUCUACCAGCACUGUCUGCCAGAGCCGAACAUCUUAUCUUCCGGACGAGAUACAUUGGGGUUACGAAUUUGUUCCUGUUAUUUCUUUAUCUCCUCAAGGAAAGUAUGUUGCAAAUUUUAGAAAUUUUGAUAAGAUUAGAAAAUGUUCGUAUGAAGACCAUUUUUGCUACACCAAUUUUGAGAAACAAAGAUUGGAAGAACAGUAUAGGCAAGAAGAAUUAAAAAACAGAGACACACAGACGGUUGGCGUAAUGCAAACAAAUGUUUAGUACCAUACUCCAUCAUCAUUAAAGGUGUUCACAAUAUAUGAAGUAUUGUGAUAGGCUUGUUUUUUUUUUAUUCUUGAGAUAUUGCCAAAUAUAAUAACAGUGGACACAUAUGGCUGCCAGCCUAAUCACAUGCCGCCACCAACACUUUCAUACACUGCCAGAUGUCAACCAUAAACUGUGACUUCAUAAAAUGUGCUAGAUUCCACAGUAUUUGCUGCAAAAUAUAAUUUAAGCAGCUAAAUGAAAAGUUAUCCUGCUAUUGAAAAAUAACUACAAGAUCCUUACUUAAAUCAAUGCAAAACAAGACAUUUGAUGUGAUUUCGCCCAAUCCUGGGAUUGUCUGAUGAAUCAUUUAAAACCACAUUUAUCUUUAAGUGUUUGGAUUGCAUUAGUGAACCAAUGAAAAAAAAAUAAAAAAAAAUAUUGGGGAUCAUUAAACUGACAUUAAACUUGCAUUUUUUUCAUUUUUUUGUUUUUAUAAUAAAAGCAAAAGUUAAAAUAAUAUUGCCACCACUACUCAAUAAUAUGUAACUUUGAAGAUACGUUCCAUUUUCAUUGACUGUGAAAUUCCUCACAGUAUGAUGUGUAGACAUCAUACUGAGAUUCGAAGACAAUCAGAGGUGGCUUUCGGAAACAACUUAUAAGGCAGGGACCAUUAUCAAUGCAGUAGUAUAUAAUGGUUCCAUCAAAGUUUGAUUCUCUCACCAUAGG